AUGGCUCUUCCUUACAUUCUUUUGCUAUUAGUAUUAAGUGUGAGUAAUUCAUUUGCACAUACUGUGUACUUUGAAGGACAGGCUCCUAAAGUUGUUAAACAAGCAAAUGCUACUUAUCAAAUCAAUAAAUCUGAUCCUGGUAUAGUAAUCACCGACUUUAGUGAUGACACUAUUACAUUCAUUAAUGGUAAUGAUGGCAGUACAGGAAUAUCGGUCGGUAUCAUUCAAAAAGUAAGAACUAUCAUAGUGCCCAAUCCACCAUCUUUGGGUAACUGUAAGAUAUACUCAUUACCCGAUAAUGUUAUUAGAACAAACUUAACCAAGCAGAUGACAUUUGGUGAUCCGUUAGGAAGCUUUUUCAAUUCAAACUCUUCCAUUACACUAAGCUGUUACAAAGCGAACGCUUCCGAUUUUAUGCUCGUGAUUCAAUCCAAAAGCAAUACGCUUGAACGCGGUUAUGGAAUCUAUGCUUCCGGUAUUCCUGGUACACAAUUUUAUACGGAUAUACAACAGUUCACGGUAACCAGCAUUUCACUAGAACCGUCCGUUCCAUACAUUCGCUCUUUGAUCUUUCUUGAUGGAAAUUAUAUUGAAGUCAGUGACAGUACUCCUCAAAAGAAGCCAAGUUGGAAUAUUACAGCAGCUUCUCUUGAUACAGUCAUUCCAACUAAAAAUUAUCUCUUUACAUCAUAUUUUAUGAAACCGAAAACUAGCGUAGUUUUGGAGACAGUCUCUCAUUUGAAUAUUUGCUCCGGGAAAAGAACUAUCACACAAGCAGAUUUGGAUCAGAACGGAGUAUUCAAGUUUCCUUAUGUUACUUUAUACGGAGUGUACGACUGCUCUUUUGAGAUCAUUCCUCCAAGUAAAGAGUAUUAUACCAAAGUCCAGAUGGGUGGUUUCCUGACAAGCUCAUUCUACCUAAAUUUAUAUUAUAAAAAGGAGUUUGCUAGAACGUUCACUGUUGAUGGCACAAACCUAUUGACAGGAACAUAUUACUUCCCCAACGGAGGGUUUUUGGAGUUUGACUCAGGAAAUGAUGGUGAAGCUACCAUCACUUUCAUCAUUACAUUUGUCAAACUACCCAUAGCACCUGCUAUCAACAGAGAUUUCUCUGCAAGCGGACAAGGUAACUUGACUACUCUUGCUGGUAUCAUCAGUCUUUUCACUGCACAAGACGCAGCGAACACUAGUUUAUCGGUUUUAUCUGUCAACGAAAAGCCAGGCAGUCUAGAGGCAAAGACCUCUUUGGAUUACUGUUUCCUAACCAUAAGAUAUGACAGUGGAGAUUUAGACCGUUACAGUUUGCGAGAGUUCACCGUUUUCCGUACUCCCACUUUAUUCAAGAAAGCGUAUUUCCAAUGUGUGCAAUCUCCUCUGAUAGAAGGAAAAGUGAUUGUCGUUGUAGGAACCAAUGCAGAUUGGCAACCAGUAUGUACGAUAAUUGGAGCUUAUGCUAAUUAUUUGACGGAUCUUACUUUCCCUUCAAAUCCAUAUUGCGGUGGAUCCAAUUACCUGGUUCAAGUUAAGGAUUAUGGUCGAACGAGCGCUACAGUUAGCGCUAUUGACAGUAAUCCCGAAUCUGAUGUUAAAGCAAUUCGAGGUGUUGUGAGUGGAACAGAUAUUGGUUCGGUUUCAAAGAAAACCGUGCCAUUCACUACAGAUUACAACUAUGUUACAUACGUUGCUAGUUCCAAAUCCAAUAUAACUUUGCAUUGGAACACGUAUCAAGGAGCUUCGAGUAAUGGACCUGGCCCAAAUCCAACAAAAAAACCCAUCGAAACAUCAACUAAAGCGUCAUCAACUCACUCUUUCAUGUUUGUGACAUUACUUGCCGCCGUCUUCCUGCUGUAG